AUGCUCUCAAAACACAGUCUCUUUGCCUCGGCAAACUCGGGUUCAUGUGCCUUCGUGGUUGGUGGGUGCGCUUAUGUCACUAGCUCUCUGACUGCCCGUGUGCCAAUGAACUCAGCAGUGCAAUACGACCCCGAGACAUGCACAUGGAGACCACUCCCACCCAUGCACAGAAAACGUACACAUUGCUCGGGGUUCUUCAUGAGCUCGAAAUUUUACGUUGGAGGAGGAGAGGGGGUGAAUAGAGAUGACUUAAAAUGUGGUGAAUUCUACGACCCUGAGAUGAACGAGUGGGUACUCGUGGAGGGGAUGCGCGACGACCGGCCAAUCCCAACAGGGUCUGAUGGACGGCCACUGCCGAGGUCACAGCUGCUGGUGGCAGUAGUGAACGGGUGCGAACUUUAUGAGUUGGAGCCGUGCAUGAAUGCACUCGAGGUUUAUGAGGAGGAAGAGAAAAGGUGGAGGGCAGUCGGGUCCGUGCCGGUGAGGGCAGACCAAAAUGGGGGCUGGGGGGUGGCCUUUAAGUCAUUGGAGGACAGGCUCUCGGUGGUUGGGAGGGCUGGGUCUUCAAGGGGGGAUGGGGGGAGGGUAUGUGCUUGCACAUACCGGCCUAGGGUGGGGUGGGAGCUGCUGGAGGGGGCUGUUGGCAAUCUUGAUGACUUUAUUUUCAAUUGUGCUGUCAUUCUCACCUAG